AUAUGGGUUAUUAGGAUCCAAAAAGUUGGACCUUGAUUUUCCGGGAAUUGAAGACAACUUCAAUGAUUGAGAUCCAAAAUGCUGGACCUUAAGCCUCUCUCUUCGUUUUCCGGAAAAUAAACAAUGCAAUAAUAGGAGGAGUGAAGAUGAAUCCACCGAAAGCCAUCCUUCGGGAACAAGCAUUCUUCAAUGAUGAACCCAAAAAGGAUAUAUGCUAAUGGUCCAACUUCUUGAGUGGAAGUGACUACAACUGCAAUGUCCGGCUAGCUGGUUAGUGGAUUAGAUUCAUGGGGAAGUGGAAUAAGGCCACAUGCAGCCAAAAUUCUUCCCUAAAUAUUUGAAUCUCUGUGUCUUCUUAUGCACUAACUUGCCCCCACAACCCACAUGUAUAAUGGGAUGAUGAAUAUUUUUUUAUAUAUAAAAAUGGAUAUCUAAUAAGUUUGACUAUACAACUAGUUCAUGUUUUUUAUACCAACACAUUCCUGAGGUAAUUCUAUUGAAUUUAUAUUGAGACCAUGCCUUCAUAAGUAAGAUUAAUCAGACAUAAAUAUGUUAGGUUUUUUUGUAAUAUAAAAAAAUCAAAUAUUAAAAUGUAAGAAUAAACAUUACAUGCUUGUUUUUUACCAAGAGGGAAAAGAAGAAGAAGAGAGAAAGAAUAUCACAUGUUUAAUUGUUCUUUCAUUUGUAUUACUCUCUUGUAAUCUGAUGUUUCAUCCUGCAAGUUGUAGAUUCUUGAUUACAUCUCUAUUAAUACUGUUGCUAAUAACUUACUUCAAUGUCACUACUCUGAUGCUACAGUCGGAGUUUGGAGUGAAGAAACAUCAUCUUCUAUAAUUGAUGAGAAAUAUGUUUCUUUUUUAUGAUUUUUUAGUGAGUUUUGUUGCGUUAUUGUAUCAAAAUUACUAUAUGAUACAUAAAGCCUUUUUUAUUUUUUGCCCCUUUGUCUCAAUUUUUCAAACUGAGUUUAGGACUAUUCAGUUGUCUGUUGAUUAGACGGACUCUGUAACCCAAGCUACCGUUGACUAUCUUUGGAUAUCAGUUGCGUACAUGAAAAAUAUAUAUAUCUUCAUUACUGGGUUUUGAACAUUUUGCUUACUAAAUUGCCUGUGGUUCACCUGCUAUUAGAAAAAUAUAGCUUCUCUAUAAGAUGAUGGCUCAUCUCGCCAUCCAUGGUUGUUAGGCUCUCGCUGUCUAAAUGCUUUGUUUGAGCCACCUUGGAGGCCUGUUAUCAGGUAGAUUUAGAUAAUAGGCUGUCAGGGUAGCCUAUAGUCCAGAUUAAAUAUGAAGGAAGCUUCAGGUGUCUGUGUUUCAAUGAGACCCAGACAGGAUUUCAGAGUUCUUCAGGUUGCUCAAAGUAGUUUCAGACAGGCUCAUCAUCUGUUUAGCUGUAUUUCUGAUCAAAAUCAGAAAAGAAGCAUUCAGGAAGUAAGCCUGAUUGCUCAAGAUACAGUAAAUGAAUUCAGAAAUCUAGUUAGACUCCUUGAUGUAUCAGAGCAGUCAGGGUGUAAGAGAAUCAGGAAAGGUCCUUUGCCACAUUCCCACGAUAUAAACCCAGUUGAAUUGAUGGAUAGUCCCAACUCUGUGUCUAGAAGCCCUGACCACAACUUUUCUCAACCCAAUAGGCAGCUAUUCCCUAUUCAGAGUAUUCAGUCAACUACUUCUUUGAUCCAUGCCAAUAGUAUCGACUUGUAUAGGGAAAAACAGAAGACUAAAGACAACGUAGACGUCAAAACUAAUUUGAUCCUGGGGUUCAACCUUUCCCUCUUACAGCCAAGCACAUCCUUUUCAAGUUUAGAUGGAGGUGGCAGGAUAAUUCAUCAUUCAACAUCAGAAAUUCUUCCUUCUCAAGAUGAUGCCUCUAUAUUUUCCGAGAGCAAGAGCGGAGUGAAAAGUGAGGAGAAAUGCCUAGCCUCAACCGGUGGAUGUCACUGCUCAAAGCGAAGGAAAUUGAGGAUCAAGAAAGUAAUUAAGGUCCCUGCUUCAAGAACUAAACCAGCUGACAUACCUCCUGAUGAUCACUAUUGGAGAAAAUAUGGACAGAAGCCAAUAAAAGGAUCUCCAUAUCCCAGAAGCUACUACAAAUGCAGCAGUACGAGGGGAUGCCCUGCGAGAAAACAUGUAGAAAGAAGCUUGGAGGAUCCUACCAUGUUAGUUGUGACUUAUGAAGGGGAACAUAAUCACUCCAAAAUUCAAUCUCCCAAUCCCGACAUCAUGCUUCAUAUUUAACAAUAAAAGCAAACCAAAGGACACGCGUAUUUUCCUAGCUGGAACUGAUCGUGCACCUGCAAGCUAAGGUGAACCUUCUGCGGCUUCAUGUUUCCUUAAAAAGAGAUCAUGUCACUCCUUUAAGGCUCGUUAUUUUUAACUUUCAGUCUAUAUGCUUCUCCAGCAAUGCUUUUGCAGGUCUACUUGUAUAUAUGCAUUCUCAAGAUUUCCUAAUAAAGGUUGAUUAAUUUGCUUUAUGCA